AUGGACGUGGACCCGGAAGGGUCGGAGGAUGAUGGGUCCUCCACCAGCAAUCCAGACUCUACCAGAACUGCACCCAAAAUUGGAAAACAAGAUGAAAACUUAGCUAUGUCAGAUUACAGCGGCAACUCUACCAUCGAGAGGCUGACGACUAUCAUUGAAAAGCAGGCCCACCAGAUACGGCAGCAUUCCCAGCAGAUUGCAGACCAGGCGGAUCUUCAAGAGCCUCAAUCAACGUAG